CCACGUAGUAAACAUGGCCACUCUGACGUCAUUUUCCGGCGUUCACUGUCGCGUUCAAUCAGCUUCCAACACAGCAGCCCUGUCUUCUUCCCUUCCACUCUCAUCACUCAACUUCUCAUCAUCCAAAUCCCCACCUCUUUAUACCUUAAACUCCUUAGCAUUGAAGAGAAAAGAUGCAAUUUUUACCAGGAAAAAUCAUAGGCGUCGUUCAUACUCAUUCAUCGUCCAAUGCGAAGCUGGAAGUGGAAGGAUAGCACAGCAAGAAUUCACGGAAAUGGCGUGGCAAGCCAUAGUUUCGUCCCCGGAAGUGGCGAAAGAGAAGGGGCAGCAGAUAGUGGAGACGGAGCACUUGAUGAACGCGGUGUUGAAGCAAAAGAAUGGAUUGGGUCCUCGGAUUUUCUCAAAGGCUGGCCUGGAUAAUACCCGCCUGCUUCAAGCCACUAAUAGCUUCCUUAAGCGCCAACCAAUGGUUGUUGGUGAGCCGGCAGGAUCAAUGUUGGGGCGAGACUUGGAAGCCUUGAUACAUCGAGCCAGGGAAUUCAAGAAACAAUACGGAGAUUCGUUUGUGUCUGUGGAGCAUUUGGUGCUUGGUUUUGUACAGGAUAAGAGAUUUGGGAAGCAAUUGUUUAAAGAGUUUGAAAUUUCUGAGAGGUCUCUUCAAGAUGCUAUACAAGCCAUUAGGGGGCCUCAAAAUGUUGUUGAUCAAGAUCCUGAAGGGAAGUACGAAGCUCUGGAGAAAUAUGGAAAAGACUUAACAGGCAUGGCAAGGGCAGGAAAGCUUGACCCUGUUAUAGGCAGGGAUGAUGAGAUUCGAAGAUGCAUUCAAAUCCUUUCCAGGAGAACUAAGAAUAACCCCGUGCUAAUCGGGGAGCCAGGUGUUGGCAAAACCGCAAUUUCUGAAGGGCUUGCACAGAGAAUUGUGCAAGGAGAUGUCCCACAAGCUUUGAUGAACAGGAGGUUGAUAUCACUGGAUAUGGGUGCACUCAUUGCUGGUGCAAAAUAUAGGGGAGAAUUUGAGGAUAGACUCAAGGCUGUGCUCAGGGAGGUGACUGAAUCUGAAGGCCAGAUUAUCCUUUUCAUUGAUGAGAUGCACACUGUUGUUGGAGCAGGCGGCACAAACGGUUCUAUGGAUGCCGGCAAUCUCUUGAAGCCCAUGCUUGGUCGUGGUGAGUUGCGCUGUAUUGGGGCGACCACGCUGGAUGAAUACAGAAAACAUAUUGAAAAAGAUCCGGCAUUGGAGCGUAGGUUCCAGCAAGUGUAUGUUGAUGAGCCUGCUGUUGAAGAUACGAUCUCUAUAUUACGGGGAUUGCGCCAAAGAUAUGAGCUGCACCAUGGCGUUCGUAUUUCUGAUACUGCAUUAGUCGAUGCUGCCAUUCUUUCAGAUCGCUACAUUAGUGGACGGUUUUUACCUGACAAAGCUAUUGAUUUAGUGGAUGAAGCUGCUGCAAAGCUGAAAAUGGAAUUCACUUCAAAACCUUCUGCACUUGAUGAGAUCAACCACGCUGUUGUUAAGUUGGAGAUGGAGAGGCUGUCACUUACUAGCGAUACAGACAAAGCAUCCAAGGACCGUUUAAGUCGCCUUGAGGAUGAGUUGUCUCUAUUAAAGCAGAGACAAGCUCAGCUAAAUGAGCAGUGGGAGCAUGAAAAGAGUGUCAUGACCCACAUACAGUCCAUCAAGGAAGAGAUUGAUAGAGUAAAUGUUGAGAUUCAGCAUGCAGAGCGGGAGUAUGAUCUGAAUAGAGCUGCGGAGCUCAAGUAUGGGAGCCUGAAUUCAUUGCAGCAUCAACUUGAAACUGCAGAGAGAGAGCUAGAUGAAUAUAUGAGGUCUGGAAAAUCGAUGCUCAGAGAAGAGGUCACGGGAAAUGACAUUGCUGAUAUUGUGAGUAAAUGGACUGGAAUUCCUGUCUCCAAGUUGCAGCAAUCAGAAAGGGAGAAACUGCUGCAUUUGGAUGAAGAGCUGCAUAAACGAGUUAUUGGCCAAGAUCCUGCAGUGAAAUCCGUGGCUGAAGCCAUCCAGCGAUCCAGGGCAGGCCUUUCAGAUCCUCGCCGCCCAAUUGCUAGUUUUAUGUUCAUGGGGCCUACUGGCGUUGGAAAGACGGAGCUAGCAAAGGCACUUGCUUCAUACUUGUUCAACACAGAGGAAGCACUGGUACGCAUUGAUAUGAGCGAGUACAUGGAAAAACAUGCAGUUUCAAGGCUGAUCGGCGCCCCUCCUGGAUAUGUUGGGUAUGAAGAAGGAGGGCAGCUGACAGAGACCGUUCACAGGAGGCCAUAUUCAGUCAUCUUGUUUGAUGAAAUAGAAAAAGCUCAUUCUGAUGUAUUCAAUGUGUUUCUUCAAAUCUUGGAUGAUGGUAGAGUGACUGAUUCGCAAGGGCGCACUGUGAGCUUCACGAACACACUCAUUAUCAUGACAUCAAAUGUGGGUUCACAAUAUAUACUCAACACAGAUGAUGACAGCUUACCAAGAGAGGUGUCUUAUGAAACCAUGAAGCAAAGAGUAAUGGAGGCUGCAGGAGCUAUUUUCCGGCCCGAGUUCAUGAAUAGGGUUGACGAAUACAUAGUAUUCCAGCCUCUUGCUCGAGAGCAGAUCAAUAGUAUCGUUAGAUUACAGUUGGCACGAGUGCAACAGAGGUUAGCUGAUCGGAAGAUGAAGCUGGGAGUGACUGAUGCAGUAGUUCAACUGCUUGGAAAUCUUGGUUACGACCCAAAUUAUGGAGCCCGGCCUGUGAGGCGAACAAUUCAGCAGAAUGUUGAAAAUGAGCUUGCCAAAGGGAUACUAAGAGGAGAGUUUAGGGAUGAAGACACAAUUUUGGUAGACAUUGAGGUUACAAAAUUUUCCAAUGGACAACCUCCCCUGCAAAAGCUUGUUUUCAUGAGAGUUGAAGAACCUCCUGAUUCAGAAGAAACUUUCUGAGCAAGCAGGCAAUGAUACUGACAUGAUGUUUGUGGUAGGGGGAGAGUCACGGGAAGGAUGAAGGAAUGGAUGAAUGAUGAGAGAGUUCUGACUUUCUGCUAUGAUGCAAAGAUGCAAACUUGACAAUAAUACUCAAAAAUUUGUGUUCUCUCCAGCAAGCACUGUUGUGGUUUCUCCUUUUUCCUAGAAGAAAAUAAAUCAUGUCAAUGCAAUGAUUGAAGCUGCAAUAAAAACUGAAAUGUAUUCCUCCUUAGAGCAAAAUGUUUUGAUUUGAAAGAUGAGGAAAGAUGACGACAAACAUGCGGAUCUGGGAUGUAAAAGAACAUAGAGCACAACCAUGUUACACUUUUAUAUGAUAAACCAAAAGAUUUCCAUAUGUAAAAGAAAA